UGGUGACAAAAAACUUGCGGACAAUAAAGGGACAGAGUUUGCACUGCUCCGGUCACAGACAGGAUCUCAGGAGAAGCUUGGGGAAACCUCUCUGUGUCUGCCCCUUCUUGGAGAGCAGCACGUGGAUCUAACUCCUCCUGAGUGACAGCGCUGUAUCAGCAGCUUGCAGACAGACAAGCCAGGGCCUGACCCCAAGGAGGAGCACCUGCUUCUGCAGCCGGGCAAGACAAGGGUGCUGAAAGCCAGACAUGGAAUCAGAGAUGAGAAAUCCGCAGCCCUUGCAGGAGGAAAGGUAUGAUAUGUCGGGUGCCCGCCUGGCCCUGACACUGUGUGUCACCAAAGCCCGGAAGGGUUCUGAGGUAGACAUGGAUGCCCUGGAAUCCAUGUUCCAUUACCUGAAAUUUGAAAGCACCAUGAAGAGGGAUCCCACCGCCCAGCAAUUUCUGGAUGAGUUGGAUGAAUUUCAACAGACCAUAGAUAAUUGGAAAGAGCCCGUCAGUUGCGCCUUUGUGGUACUCAUGGCGCAUGGCGAGGAAGGCCUCCUCAAAGGAGAAGACGAGAAGAUGGUCAGACUAGAAGAUCUUUUUGAGGUCUUGAACAACAAGAACUGCAAGGCCCUGAGAGGCAAGCCAAAGGUGUACAUCAUCCAGGCCUGCAGAGGAGAGCACAGAGACCUCGGUGAGGAACUAGGUGGAGAUGAGGUUGCUGUGAUCAAGAACAACCCCCAAACUAUCCCAACCUAUACGGAUGCCAUCCACAUCUACUCCACGGUAGAGGGGUACCUCUCCUAUAGACAUGACGAGAAAGGCUCUGGCUUCAUCCAGACCCUGACGGAUGUGUUCGUGAAUAGAAAAGGAUCCAUCUUAGAACUGAUAGAAGAGGUCACCCGACGUAUGGCAAACACAGAGGUGAUGCAGGAAGGAAAGCCGAGGAAAGUGAACCCUGAAGUCCAGAGCACCCUCCGGAAGAAGCUCUAUCUGCAAUAAAAGGAUGCAGUGAUGGCUUCCUGCACGUGCUGCCUCUGUUGACACCAGUCUUCAAAGAUGGUUACUGGAUUCUUCAUCCUUCACAGCCCUUUGUCCCUGUCAGUUUCAGAGCAAGCCAGCCAACUAGAGCCCAUUAACACCACCUUCCUCCAGCUGGACUCCCUCUGUUAGUGCAGCCUCACAUUGCCUUCCUAUAGCUAACUUUCCGCUCUUUUGCCUCGCCAAGCCUUACUCUUCCUCCUAUGACUCAACCAAAAAUAAAUAGUCAUUCCUAUUUCAGAGGGAGUAGCUUUCUGAACAAUUACUAGAAAGUUUCAAUAACCUCCAGCUAAGGUCACCGCUCUUUGGGCACUAGGCUGGAAGAAAGAUCAGACAUGUUGUCUUCCAAGUGUAUGGUUCAUGGCUUUCUGGCUGUGUCUGUCAUUAUGAAAACUGACAGCUUAAGAUGGGUCUUUUCUUUCUGGUCCCUCUUCCCAGGCUUUCCUGACUUCCUCCUUUCCUUGACCUUUGCCUGGGAUUCUUGCCAUAGCUCAUACACUCCUCACAUCCCUCCAGCUGACUUUAAAAUGGCUUUCCCACCUGUCUCUCUUCUCUUCCCCAGUAUCCUCAAGGCUCUCAGCCUGGAUGAUCUCAACUCUGCCACAGCCAGAAUUCUUCCUCAUCUCUUUGCAUAACCUGUGGGAUAAUUCUCUCUAGAACACUCUAAAAGAUACAAUGAGCCCUGACACCAAAGCUAUUUAGAUAUCAUAUUUGUAUUUCUCAUGCUUGGCUUACAGUUUGUCCUUAUGAAGAAGUCAAGGCAGGAAGUGCAACCGUGAGUAACAUCACAGAAUAAAUAUUCUUUUUUAAAAUUAAGGAACUGGAGCAUGAAACAGUCACACCAAAAAACUCAGAGGACUUGAGCAGCCGCUCCCUCCAGCUACUAACCUUACUCCAAAUGUCCCAAUGAAGAAGAUGCCAUGUGGUCCAAAUGUCCCAAUGAAGAAGAUGCCAUGUGGUCCAAAUGUCCCAAUGAAGAAGAUGCCAUGUGGUACUGAUCUCUCUGAUGAUCUCAACAGCUUCUUCAGCCCAAGCAUGACUAGCACACACAAAUUCUUAGUCAACAUAUCUAUGAAUAUUUUUAUUUGUUCUUGAUAGAGUCUUUAUUCCUCUCCAAAACCCCAUGAGCUAGGCCUCAACUACCACAAAACAGCCUAUGAACUCUCUUUCCAGGAUUCAAUAGCUUUUCCAGCCCACUAUGUCCAAAGCUUUCGAAUUCCUUCCACAAAACAUGUCCAGAUCCUAAAAGCCACAUGGUCAGAUCUAUCACAGCAGUGACCCCACCUCCUUGGUAUCAAUUUCUAUGAAAGAGCUAUCUCUGGAAGCCUAGAGGAGACACAAAGAGCACUAUUAUUUAAAGACCAAGGCAAACCCUACAUCUGUGUUUUUCAUCUUUUUUGUGCCUCCACCCAAUCAGUCCUCAGAUAAAUUCAUCUCCUUUUGUAUGAAUUUAUUCUUCUAGAAAUGCUAGCAUCCUCUCCCCUCUGCCUCUGUGCCUUUGCCCAAUUGACCAGUUCUCCAAGCUUAGGUCUCCCACAUCCUUCCCCCUUCUCUUUCUUCCCUUUUACACUGCCUCCCCCUCAUCACUGACUCCACUCAUAAUAUUCUUUUUAGCUUAUGCUGCUGCUUCUUACCCAGUGAAAUGCUAUUGAUUACUUUUGGUUGCUGUAAUGAGAAUUCAGUAAACAUCUAUCAAGCUGCAAGAAAUGUGUUAGAAUCUUUGCACUAGCCUAUGGGUAGAAACACAACCCUUGAAGAAGGCAGUUUGCCGACAACAAAAGGAGGUUUUCACAGGCCCUAUGACUUCUCCAGCCAUUCCUUUUGAUCAUGUUAUACAGUAGCAGGCCUGGGUGUCCUCCUGUGGAGCAGGCCUAAUGAGAUGUUUUUAAGGCUUUUCUGUUGGUGAUCUGGGGAAUAAAGCCCAGGCUCUCGUGCACUCUAGGCAAAUGCACCAUCACUGAGUUAUGUCCUUGCUUCCAUUGCUUUUACAGAUCAUCGCUGAUCCAGUUUAACCUUCUCACUAGAAGGUCUGUGUAGGGUCAUCUUAGGGGUCCCGAUCUGUGCUCCAGCCAUGGCUGUGUUGUGGCUGGGGAUUUUUCAUAGAAUUGAAGAGCAAGUAACCCAGGCAGCUGUGAGCAUGCAGAGCCAAACACACACAUACUGCAGCAUACCAACUCCUAGGUCAAUUAUCUAGUCAUUCUGGAGUCUUUGUAUGCAAGGAUCAAAGAAUUAUGGCCCACUUGCUAAAUCCAGGCUGCAGCCAUUUAAUAAACAAAGCUUUAUUGGCA